ACAGAGGUUAGGCUUUUACUUUGGAGGCCCUUUACCGGAAAUACAAUUGUUGACGCUACAAGCGAGCCAAGAUGGCGGAGUACCUAGCAUCCAUUUUUGGGACAGAAAAAGAUAAGGUGAACUGCUCUUUUUAUUUUAAAAUUGGUGCCUGCCGACAUGGUGACCGCUGCUCCAGAUUACACAAUAAGCCGACAUUUAGCCAGACGAUUGCCCUCCUGAACAUUUACCGGAACCCCCAGAACAGCGCCCAGUCUGUGGACGGCCUGACCUGUACCAUCAGCGACACGGAGAUGCAGGAGCACUAUGAUGAGUUCUUUGAGGAGGUGUUCACAGAGAUGGAAGAAAAGUACGGUGAAGUGGAGGAAAUGAACGUAUGUGACAACCUCGGUGACCACCUAGUUGGAAACGUGUAUGUGAAGUUUCGUAAAGAGGAGGACGCCGAGAAGGCUGUGAUAGACCUAAACAAUCGGUGGUUUAAUGGACAGCCCAUCCACGCUGAGCUGUCUCCUGUCACAGACUUUAGAGAAGCCUGCUGUCGCCAGUAUGAGAUCGGGGAAUGCACUCGUGGUGGUUUCUGUAACUUCAUGCAUCUGAAACCCAUUUCACGUGAGCUGAGGAGAGAGCUCUACGGCCGUCGAAGGAAGAGCCGCAUCAGGUCUCGGUCUCGAUCAAGAGACAGGCGGUCUCGCUCGAGGGACAGGGACAGAGACAGGGACAGGGGUCGAGGAGGCGGCCGUGACCAUGAGAGACGUCGCUCCAGAGACAGAGAACGUUCGGGGCGAUUCUGAACUUCGAGCAGUGACUACUCACCUUCCCUGUGUUCAUCCCUGUCUUCUUUUUUUUAAGUUUGUACCCUUGCAGAUCUGUUUUGGGACUAACUGAAAGGUAGCUGUUUCGAAGAUGUGAAUCCACUGAGGAGUUUGGUUUUUCUUGAUUUCUGAAAAUGACUUUCACUUCAUUAAAUUUAAAUUUGUACCAAA